UCUAAAGCAAAAUAUUCAAAUAAACUUCUAACUUCACGAGCCAACUGGUGUCAUGUGACCAGACUGUUGUCAUGUGACGUAUGCGGAAGUAGCAGCACCGGCCAUGAGCAGCUAAACAGUUUGGUCGAGAGAUGGACAAAAUGUCAGUUUCUACAAGAAUUUCUCUGAAGCCUGAAGUGGUCGAACAUCUACAGAGCAUCUUCCUGAACGCGGAGGUGUUGGCUGCAGUGGGUCAUCAGGAGGCCGAGAGUCGUUUCCACAGGCUGCUCACAUGUCUCACACACCCGCCUUCCUACACAUGUGUUCGGGUCAGCACUCAUCUCGCCUCCCUGGAGGAGAUCAGACACAAGUUAGGGGAAGAGCUGAAAAAGCAGCAGAUGUGCAGCUCAUCAGCAGAGGACGUCUCCCUUCAGAUCGUCCCUCACCCGAGAAUUCCAGAUGUGCUGCUGCUUCCUGUCGAUGGCCCAAGGCCCGUGAAGCAGCUCAGCUCAGAGGUGGUGGUCGGCGCUCAGUGCGGCAACGCUGUGCUGCGAGGGGCUCAUGUGUUCACCCCGGGGAUCCUCGCCAGCCCCAAGUACAUGAAGGCUGGAGAUGUGGUUUCUGUCCUCUCGGACUUGGAGGGAAGGUGCACCCGAGGUGCCACGAGCUUCCAGGGGAAGAGGGUGUUUGUGGGAAAUGGAGUUGCUGAACUGGACCGCUCCAGCAUCUUCUGCGCAGAUAAACCUGCAAAAGGUGUUGGUGUUCGGAUGGUGGAACCUCUUUACCAGAGUCCUUCGUUUGAUGGUGUUCUUCCCAACCUGGCGUUCCUACAGAACCUCCCCUCUGUGGUUGUGGGACACGUGCUUGGGCCUCGUCCUGGAGAACGUAUCCUGGAUAUGUGCGCCGCGCCUGGAGGGAAGACCUGCCACAUCGCUGCCAUCAUGGGGGAUCAGGGCGAGGUCGUGGCCUUGGACCGGAUCCGAAAUAAGAUCGACAGAAUUCAUCAAAAUGCCCAAAUGUUGCAUUUGCGCAGCGUCAAAGCUUUUUGCUUCAACAGCACUCAGGCUGUGAGCAGUGAGCCGGUGCACGACACCGGAGGACCUCCCUUCCCUCCUGAGAGUUUUGACCGGGUUCUGUUGGACGCUCCCUGCAGCAGCCUCGGACAGCGGCCCAACAUGGCGUCCACCUGGAGCCUCAAGGAGAUUUGUUCGUACCAGCCUCUGCAGCGCAAGUUGUUUCACGCUGCAGUGCGGUUGUUAAAGACAGGCGGGGUUUUGGUGUACAGCACCUGCACAGUGACUCUAGCAGAGAAUGAGGAGCAGGUCGCCUGGGCCCUCAAGACCUUUCCCUGCCUCACGCUUCAGCCACAGGAACCUCACAUUGGUGCAGAAGGCAUGUUGGGAGCCGGCCUGCCACCUGAGCAGCUGCGCCUCCUCCAGAGGUUCAGUCCCGAGCUGUUCUGGGACCAGACGAAGACGACGGCUCCUCUCCCAGCCAGAGCUGACAGGGACACUAUCGGCUUCUUUAUUGCCAAGUUCCUGAAAAACUGACCGGAGGGCAUAAUGUUUUCUCUCCCAGCCCUCGUGUGGGACUGCAGACGGGAACAAUGGUGUUUAUAUUAUGACACACUGUGUGCUUUGACGCGCCCGUGUUGACAGAGACGCUCGCUGCGCUGUUUACAGCAUCUGCCUCCAAACAGCUGCUCUCUGAAACUGCGGGCCAUAUAGGGAUAAGCUUUAUAAACACCGAGGGCAGGGGAGAGAGAGAGAGAGAGGGAGGGUGGAGGAGGGGUGAGGGGCACGUGGGGAUGGAGCCUGAAUGAGUAUUGGCAAAUGCGGCAGGGCUGGCGUUGCUAUGACAACAGUGACGACACAGCUGCCAUGGCGACAGUGGAUUCAGUGGAUGUGAGAGCGCGGAUCAGGAAGUAGCGUGCAGAAGGAGGUCAUCAGAGGUAUUAACAAUUUAGUGUCUUUCAGCAGAAGUGGAGACGAGCGGGACGUCUAAUUACAACUUCUGCUGCAGAAAGAAAUGACGUGUAACCCCGACUGAAUAUUGGAUGAGGAUCUAAUUUUUCACUAUAAAAAUUCAAUUGAAGUAAGUUUUUCUGUCCCAUGAAGUUGAUCGUACUGUGGAUACACGGAUGGAAUGUUAGAAUUUAUAAGCACCAUAUGAAGUUUGGACACUUCACAGGUGGAAUAAGUACAAAUUUAAAUAUACAAGUAAAAGUCCUGGAUUUGUAAUACUACUUCAGCAAAAGAUGAGAACUAUAAUCAGCUAAAUUUGGCUAAAAUUUGAACAGAAGUACAGUUUUAAGUGUACUUCAUUACUUUGUCUUGACUGUAAGCAGCUGUAUUAUAAAAGGACAUUUGAAGGUAUUAUGAAUGGUAACAUUUCUCCCGUCUCCUACGAUGUUAUACUUUAUACUAUUAAACUAUUUAUA